AUGAACUUCGGUGGCAAUGGCAACGCGACGAUCCGGUGCAAGUACUGCAGCGCGUGCCUGACCGUGAUCCCCGGCGAGCACGCCAUCCAGUGCGCGCAAUGCAACUGCGUGAUGCGCAUCCGGCGCGCCGACCGCAUCCCGGUGGCGCGGCCGGGGCACGUUCCCGCGGCGUUCCAGCGCGCCCGCGGCAAGAAGCGCGCCGUCCUGAUCGGCAUCACGUACGCCGGCAUGCGCCGGGGCUGCGGCGAGCUCAGGGGCCCCGUCAACGACGUCAAGUGCAUGAGGAACCUCCUCUGCCAGCGCUUCGGCUUCCCCAGCGAGUGCAUCAUCAUGCUCACCGAUGACCAGAGGGACCCGUUCAGGCUGCCGACCAAGGAGAACAUCCGGAUGGCGAUGCACUGGCUGGUGCAGGGGUGCAGCUACGGCGACUCCCUGGUGUUCCACUUCUCCGGGCUGGGCGCGCAGGUGGCCGACGACGACGGCGACGAGGCGGACGGGUACGACGAGGCCAUCUGCCCGCUGGACUCGUUCCAGCGGGGCCCCAUCCUGGACGACGAGAUCAACGAGGCCAUCGUGCGCCCGCUGGUGCACGGCGUCAGGCUCCACGCCGUGGUGGACGCCUGCUACAGCGCCACGCUGCUGGACCUCCCCUACCUGUGCCACAUGUCCAGGAACGGGUUCUGGCAGUGGGAGGACGAGAGCCCCCCCUCGGGCGCCCGGAAGGGCACCAGCGGCGGCCAUGCCGUGCUCAUCAGCGGCUACAGCGAGGGCAAAAGCAACUUCGCCAUGAUGCCGGAUGCCUACGCAUCGGUGGGGGCCAUGACGCACAGCUUCAUCCGGGCGCUGGAGUGCGAGCCGCGCGGGGUCACCUACGGCCGCCUGCUCACCUCCAUGAGAGCCAUCAUGAAGAACCGCGGCGGGGGCUACGAUCUGCAGGGGCCCAUCGGCGCACCCAUCCACACGGUGGCCAACUUCAGCGGCGUGCAGGAGCCAAACCUGUCCUCCUCGGAGAUGUUUGACAUACACCGCAAGCCGUUUGUGCUGUAA